AUGUCCCGCUCAAGAACCGGCUGUUCAACAUGCAAAAGACGCCAUAGGAAAUGCGACGAGACAAAACCAGCUUGUCGUGAAUGUCAAAAGAAUAACCUUACCUGUGAAGGCUAUGCUCUGAAGUUACAAUGGGAUGUAGGCGUUGCGUCGAGAGGUAAACUUACUGGUGCUUCCCUUCCUGUUCUGGGGACUGGUGGUGAGAAGAAGAGGGGGAGAGGGUAUGAGAUUGAUGGCGCAGAGGGGUUUGGGCAGUUCCAGGCUUUGCCACUAGAGACAAAUGGCCUGGGAUCGGAUUCAUUGCUAGGAAUGGGAUAUUCCGUAAUUGAACCUGAAGAACCGCAGUGGCUUCAACGAAGAAGUGCUCAAGAAAAACACCUCUUUAAAGAAUUUAUACAAAAAACCGUAUUCCUCUUCUACUCCACCUCCACAGAAGAUCCAUUCCCUCUUGAACUCCAACGCCUGGCCCUCCAAAACGAACCACUAUUUCUCGGCCUCAUCGCCACACACGUCUACAACACCAACCCCCGGAAGCCCCCACCUCUAUUCCACGAUCUGUGUAACCAAAGUCUCCGUCUUUUUCGUGAGCAGCUAGGUCGAUUUGACGGGACGUUGGAUGGGGGCUUGGUCAACGCGGGUGUAUUCCUCUGCACUCUCCACUUGUUCCAAGGAAUCCCCUGGACAGCGCAUCUGAAUCACAUGAUGUGGGUGUACCAUCUCUUCCCGCAGUCUAAAAACGCGCAUCGGAUUGGGGACCUGGAAUAUCGCUUUUCGCUUGAGGCCAUGGCCAUAAUGGACAUUCCCACCUUUGUCCGCGGGCGCGACACACCAACCCUUGGCAUCUGGGGUUAUCUCCGCGCAGCCCAAAAAGCGUCUUCAACGGGGCUGGUUGGCGGUGUCGAAAGUGUCUCGGGCUUGCCGCGAAGUCUCCUCGAUAUUUUUGGGAGAAUGGCCCAUGACGAUGUGGAGAAGGACCUUGCGAAUUGGGAGGGUCAUGAGGGGUCUAUUCCGCAUGUUCAUCUCUGGGAAGCAUUUCGACUAUCGGGAAUCUUACUUGCUCGACGACAAAAGCGCACACAAGCUGGCUCGCCAUCCAACGAGUUACUAGUAUGUCGUCUGGUAGCGACUCUUGACGCACUAUACGAAACUCGCCAGCGCCAAGAAUACGCUCAUAUCCUCGCUACGAACAGCAUGCUAUAUCCCUAUACAGCAGCGCGUCUUGAAGUAACCAUUCUCCAAACUCGGCCAACAUGGGUGCGAAUACUUCGUCGGUGCGGUAGUAUCUGCGACGCAUACCGCGACACGCCAAAUGCACUAAUCCUCGAGGAAAUACUAGAUAAGGCCUUGGAAAGGGGCGAUAACGAUGUUGAUCUUGAUAAAGAGACGAGAUUGAGAGGCGUUGAGCUGAGUUUGUUCUAG